AUGGCCACUCAGUCCACCCCUUCGAAGCAGACUGCUUCCUCCCUGGAGAAGCUCAAGAUGAACGACUCGCCCAUCAAGCCCCUCAAGUUGGACCACGCGGACAAGGAGAAUGCUCCUGUCUCUUCGCAUAUUGCUGAGCCAGAGCUGAAGAAGGUCGAGAUUGAGGCCUCAAAGCCUGCUGAGACCCAGGUUGUCAAGCCCAAGACGCCCAAGGAGCUGGAGGCAGAGGAGCCCCUCCUCCAGGAGAAUCCUCAGCGUUUUGUUCUUUUCCCGAUCAAAUACCGCGAGAUCUGGCAAAUGUACAAGAAAGCUGAAGCUUCUUUCUGGACUGCCGAAGAGAUCGAUCUCUCAAAGGAUAUUCACGACUGGAACAACAGGCUCAAUGACGAUGAACGAUACUUCAUCUCCCAUGUCUUGGCUUUCUUCGCCGCCUCCGAUGGCAUCGUUAACGAGAACCUCCUUGAACGUUUCAGCAACGAAGUCCAGGUACCGGAAGCCCGUUGCUUCUAUGGCUUCCAGAUCAUGAUGGAAAACAUUCACUCCGAAACAUACUCCCUCCUCAUCGACACAUACAUUAAGGAACAGAAGCAACGAACCUACCUUUUCGAAGCUAUUGACACAAUUCCAUGUAUCCGCAAGAAGGCCGAUUGGGCCAUCCGAUGGAUCCAAGAUAAGGAUUCCACCUUCGCACAGCGCCUUGUUGCAUUUGCUGCCGUCGAGGGUAUUUUCUUCAGUGGCUCCUUCGCCUCGAUCUUCUGGCUGAAGAAGCGUGGUCUCAUGCCCGGACUCACCUUCUCCAAUGAACUUAUCUCCCGUGAUGAAGGUCUCCACACUGAUUUUGCCUGCCUUCUGUUCUCUCACCUCAACUAUCGACCCGACCCCAGUGCCGUAGAGGCCAUCAUCACCGAAGCAGUCACCAUUGAGCAGGAGUUCUUGACUGAUGCUCUCCCCUGUGCCCUUCUCGGCAUGAAUGCUAAGCUCAUGUGCCAGUACAUUGAGUUCGUUGCCGAUAGGCUUCUCGUUGCUCUUGGUAACAAGAAGUUCUACAACACUACCAACCCCUUCGACUUCAUGGACAAUAUCUCCCUUGCUGGCAAGACCAACUUCUUCGAGAAGCGUGUUGGAGAUUACCAGAAAGCUGGUGUCAUGGCCAGUACCAAGAAGGAAGAGGACUCUUCUGAAGAACCCGAGAACGGCGGCGCUUUCCGAUUCGACGAGGACUUCUAA